AAGAGCACAUAAUUGGACACCGUGUUCUCACCUGUAGGAGUAUACAGCACUGCUGUCAUCGUUUUGGCCACUUUUGGCAUUUAAGCAACGUUCUUCAACCAUGGGGGCACCAUGGGGAGAGGAGUUCUAAUAUUCUGUUGACACACAAGCUGUGAUCGGUGACGUCAUCGCCUGUCAUUCCGACAGAAACUUCCUCCAUUCCUGAGAAUAUCAGACUGCUCACCUUGAUAACACGUCUCUGCUACUCACUCCAUAAUUAUCACAGCAUGUUCGUCAUGUUCCAAUGAUUCUUGUGUCUGAGGAUUGAAGGAGCAACAUGGAGGAAGCUACAGGGAACAAGGUCUCUCUGGUAAAAAGUGUGUCUGUGGAGGAGCCUUCAUCAGUAAGUUCCCCGGCCAGCGACCAGACAGGAAAAACAGAUCAAAUGGACGACUCUCCCAAUCUGAUGAAGGAUGUAACUGGCACGGAGCAAAGGGUGGAUGAGAAGAGUCCAGUGUCACCAAGCCCCAGUUAUCUGUCAAUGAAGAGUGCACAAUCUAUGGGUAUAACCGCACAUUUCAGAGAGCAUGACAUAACUGAAGAAAAUAAGGUUAAACUUGUGAGAUCUGGAUCACCAACCACCAGUAUUGUAUCACUGCAGAGUGACCUUCCCAUGAAUAUUCCUAUUACCUGCAAAGAUGAAGGCUCAACAGAGAUAUCCAGAGAGGGUCUUUGUGACCCCUGUUCUGAUGAUGACACAGAGAGGAGAGCUGUGAAGACCUGUCUCACCUGCGGUCUCUCCUACUGUGAGAAGCACGUCAGGAGGCACUACACUUCACCACGGUUUCAGACACACAUCCUGGUGGAUGUGGCCCCGGCCAUACAGCAGAGACUCUGCCAGCAUCACCACAGGCCUCUGGAGGUGUUCAGCUGCAGUGAUAACAUGCUGAUCCCCAGUCAGUGUUCUGUAACACAGCACAGAGGACAUGAUGUCAUUUCUAAGGCUGAACAAGCUGCAGGAAAUGAACAUCAAAGGAAUACAGGAAAUGCGGUCCCAGGCCCCAAAGACCUGACAGUAGAGAGACAGUACAGUUCUCUGUCUCUACGAUGGACCAAACCACCAGGACUGCAGCUCUCUCAUCAAUACCUCAUAACCUACAGCUGCCCUGGAUCAGAACCGCUGGCCGUAAACACUGAACUCUGCUGCAGAACCCUGACUGACCUGCAGCCUGGUACCCAGUACACUGUUGAUGUCUCAACCGUGUUGAUAACUGGGGAGCAGAGUGAAGCUGUGUCUAAAACCAUCUUCACCAGAGUUCCACCACCAGCUGACUUGACCACAGAGCAGGUACAGCCCUCCUCUGUGACCCUGCGCUGGACCAAGGCUGGAGGAAUGGAGACAAUCCCACAUCACUUCCUCAUAACCUACAGCAGCCCAGGAUCAGAGUCCCAGACGACACAGACUGCAGACUGCUGCACAACCCUGACUGACUUGCUAGCUGGUACUCACUACACUGUUGGAGUCUCCACUGUGCUGGAUCAUGGAGGAGAACACAGUGAACCUGCUUCUACAACCAUCAUCACUGGUGUCCCUGCUCCAGACAAGCUGACAGUUGUCUCAGUGGACACCACAUCAGCCACUGUGAGCUGGAAACAGCCAGCUGGAAUGGACCAGACCCAACUCCAGUACCAGGUCUCCUACCAGAGAUCAGGAACAGAUCAACUCACCACCACCACCUCCUCACUCAGCAUGACUCUCUCUGACCUGAGACCUGCCUCUGAGUACUCUGUCAGUGUCUGCUGUCUGCUGGACAACAGGAAGACGAGUCCACCUGUGUCACACACUUUCACCACCAGAGUUCCACCACCAGCUGACUUGACCACAGAGCAGGUAGAGCCCUCCUCUGUGACCCUGCGCUGGACCAAGGCUGGAGGAAUGGAGACAAUCCCACAUCACUUCCUCAUAACCUACAGCAGCCCAGGAUCAGAGUCCCAGACGACACAGACUGCAGACUGCUGCACAACCCUGACUGACCUGCAGCCUGGUACUCACUACACUGUUGGAGUCUCCACUGUGCUGGAUCAUGGAGGAGAACACAGUGAACCUGCUUCUACAACCAUCAUCACUGGCAAGAACUCAAGAGAGAAAACAACCAGAUGUAUGAAUUUACUCCAGAAACUGGAUCUAAGCGACAUGUUCCCCAAACUCAUGCAACAAAGGGAUGUUCUAGUGAUAGAUGCUUUAUCUCAGAAUGUUAAACCACCUCAAACAGAAAAAGAACUGAGCUCUCAGUAUCUGUACAAACUGAUGAUGUUGGAUUACAGGGCCAGAUUUCUGUCCUGCAAACCUAAACCAACCGCCUCAGUCUCAGAGAGCCGUUUUGCUGUUGCUGAGUAUGAAAAUGAGGAUAUUUUUAACUGGGAGGAAACCAUCCAAGAAGUACACAUUGAAGAGCAACACAUUCACCCGAUGGAUAUUCACAUGGCUGUUUUCCACUGUGCUGAUGAUUUUUUGAGGCAGUACAUAUUUUCAAAACUCUCCAGUUGCCAGUUUGGCCUGCCCCUGCUGGUACCUAACCCCUUUACACAGGAAACAGAAUUCCCUCUCUGGGCCCUUCGGAACAUCAAGAAGUCAUGGCAAAGUAAAUCUAAAACAGACAGCCCUGGCAAAUACCAGAGCAGACACAUGUUUAAUACACCAGUGCCAGUUGUAUCCUUCAUCAGAUUGGGAGAGUCGUCCAUUUCCAAGUCCCAGAUCUUGAACAGUGUCAUUAGCAAACAAAAGCACAAUGUGUUUUUCCAUCGUCAUUGCAAAGGCAGCACCCGAGACUGUCUCCUCAUGGACGGAGUUGUGGAGAUCGCCUGGUACUGUCCAGCGGGGAAGGAAGAUGAUGUUUUUGACGAUUGUGUGGCUUUUCUGAACCUUCAUGGUGAUGCCAGAGACCAUCCACAGCAACUUGAAUUCAUGCAGUCAGUGAGCACUGUGAAUGUUGUUCUACUUUCAGAACAUCCGUUAGAUGAAGAAAACAAUAAGAUUUUCAAGAAUCUUUCAUACUCUCCUGUCCCUCUGAUUGUCCUUUUCACCGGACAGGAAAAAUGUCAGACUUCAAAAAAACCAACAAAGGUGAGAUUAGCUGCCAAAAACAGGAAUGAGGCUGAGCUGAACAAAGAAAUAAUAUCACAUAUCCAACACUGUGUCAACAUGUACGGAAAGGAGACAAGCAUUGAACUAUUUUGUGACAAAGCAAGAAAACAUAAGUUUAAAGUGGACAAAGACAAGGAAUCCUGCAGAGAUGGUCGUGAACAAGCCGAGGGUUUGAUGUCCCUGUUGAGGAAGGAAAGAUCAUCGAGUCUGAAGGAGAAACUUUUACCUCUCCAAGGAAAGCUGUGGCAUGAUUGGUGCCAGAAAGAUAAGAAUCAGUAUCGUCUGAAAUGCAAAGGAACAGAAAGUUUGGAAAGUCAGUUGGAGGCAAUCAUGAAUGAGAAGGCCGCUAUUCGAAAGGCACAGCUUGAGGCAGCUUCAUCAACCAAUGAAUUCAUGAAGUCAUUUAUAAACUGUUUAACAUCCCCACAUCAUUCACAAGAAACAAAAUCAUACAUGCUGCAGUGGCUGAGAAUGUUCCUGGACGAAUUCAACAUGGAUGCGCUUGCAGGAUAUGAGGAAGAGUACCGCUCAACAUGGGAAACAUGUGGCCCCAAGGUUAAAGGAGGAUCAACUGACAAAGAUCUGCUGCUAAAGAAACUUAGCACGAUAUCUGACAAUAUGACGGCUUCCACAAUUGGACUCCAGCACAUCAUGAGAGAAACAAGCCAGAUGUAUGAAGUUUUCAAGCCUACAAAACCUCAGAAGGAGACAUGUGAACUUAUAGAGGCUCUUCCUGCAAUAGGAGCUGAGAUGCUGAUGUCUGGGUUGCCACUAGAGCUGAUGGAUGGAGAUGCGGCCCACGUGCCUCUGUUUUGGAUUCAGGCUGUCCUGGACCGUCUUACUGAAACACUUGGAGACAAGAAGGUGUUUGUGCUGUCGGUUCUUGGACUGCAGAGCUCUGGGAAGUCCACACUACUGAAUGCCAUGUUUGGUCUUCAGUUCACCGUGAGCGCAGGCAGGUGCACAAGAGGAGCCUUCAUGCAGCUAAUCAAGGUGGACCCGGCCUUAGUGGACCAGCUGAAAUAUGAGUAUGUUCUGGUGGUGGACACAGAGGGCCUGAGAUCACCUGAGCUCAGUACUAAUACGUCCCUCAGUCAUGACAAUGAACUGGCAACUUUUAUCAUCGGAAUAGGUGACAUCACCAUCAUCAACAUCAUGGGCGAAAACCCAUCUGAAAUGCACGACAUCCUUCAGAUUUGUGUCCAGGCGUUCUUGAGGAUGAAACAAGUUCAAAUCACACCAAGCUGCAUCUUUGUGCACCAGAAUGUUGCAGAGGCCUCAGCCGGCGAGAAAAACAUGGAGGGAAGAAUAAAUCUCCUGGGGAAAUUAGAUGCUAUGGCUGUAACUGCAGCAAAAGAGGAGCAAAUUGACUCUGUCACUGGCUUUAGUGAUAUAAUCCAGUUUGAUGUAAAGACUCACGUAUUCUACUUCAAGGGGCUUCUAGAGGGAGAUCCCCCGAUGGCCCCUCCCAACCCCUCCUACAGCCAGAACGUUCAGGAGCUGAAGAACAAGGUGCUCUCCAUCGCACAGUGGAAGUCAGGCUGUAGAUUUUCCACAUUAUCGGAAGUAAAAGAUCGGAUCAAGGACCUAUGGAAUGGUCUUUUGAAGGAGAACUUUGUGUUCAGCUUCAGAAAUACACUCGAAAUGAUGAUUUACAGUGAUUUGGAAAAAAUGGUUUCUGAAUGGUCCUGGAAACUGAGAAAACAUGCCAUGGAAAAAGAGAACGAGUUUCUCAACCAACUUCACAGCAAAAUCAUCGAGUAUGUGAAUCACACAGAUCUGAUUGUUGAUUUUGAUCAAGUUUACAAUCCCUUGAAAGAGAAAAUAGAGACGUACUUCAAGGAAAAUAAAAACCCAGAAAUCCUUAUACAAUGGAAAGUCACCGUUGACAAGCGGUUGGAAAAUCUGAACUCAGAGCUCAUUCAAAACAUCCUAAAGAAAUGCAAAGAUGUCAUCACAAUGAUGAAAAGCAGAUCAGAACUUGACCACAGAAAUUCUGACUAUGAGGCACAAUUGCUCGAAAUAAGCAAAAACUUGGCAUCCGAACUAAAAGACCAGAGGCUUACCGACCAGGACGUGGAGAAGCAGUUUGACUCAAUCUGGACGGACUGGAGCACCAAAGUGGCAAAUGAAAACCCUCCAAAGAAACUUGUUAAUGUUUUAGCUGCAGUGGAAGCAGUCUUACAACUUAAGUUUCAAUAUCAGAAUGACGUUACUGACAAGAUUAGAGGCAAAAAGAGCAAAACGUGGCUUGGGUUAGUCCUAACUGCUUGUAAAGAAUUCUUCACAAGAAAUGCAGACUGUAUUAAUCAGUGUACAGAACACGUGACAAACACUGUCAAAACAUAUAUCACUGGGAAAGAAUCUGAAGGUAGGGAUUUCAAUGAUAUCUUUAUUCAUGAAAUGAUAAGCAUCAUAACAAAUGAGAUGAAUAAUUACCCAGAGGCUAAACUCCCCAAAGAAUACCUAACUGACCUGUCUGUUCAUCUGUGCAUCAAAGCAGUUCCAACAUUUGAGAGGAUGCAUUCAUUGUUCAGGAAAACAGUAGAUCCUCUAACAUACUUGCAAAGCAAACGAGAUCAGUACCUUCAGAUGUGUAAGAACUUGUGCAAAGGAGCAAACUCCAUCACCAUUUUUGCUGAUUUCCUUUGUAAACAGCUGGAACCAGCAAUCAAACAGCAAAUUAAUCAGAAAACCAGUAGACAGAUUAGUGAUUCCCUAAAAUGCAACCACCCAGCCUUUAAUGGAAACAGAUCCAAUCUUGAGAAUCACAUCCUGGAACAUCUUGCUAAAAAGCAAAGCUUUGAAGACUUUGUGGAAUACAUUAACCAACCAAAGACCUAUUUUGAAAGAUUCAUCCAAGAACACGUGGAGACAUUUUGUACAAAUGACAAAAUGACAGACAUGCUUAUUGAAAACCUAGGUUCCCUGAAAAGUGUGAUUUUAACAGUGAAUACAGAGGUAACAGCAGAAGUGGUUAGACAACGUGGCAAUGCCAAAACAUGGCUUGAGAGUUUCUGUAAGAAACUUGGAACACACAUGGUGAUAAAAAGAGAGGAUCUGAAAAGCAUUGAAAAGGAAGAUAUUCAGAACCUGAAAGAACUCAAAGACAUGAUGGUAACAUGUCUUAAUGAGAUGGUGAUGAAGAUGGAAAAACAAGAAAAGCUGAAUUCAGGAAAAGAGUCCUUUGCAACUUUGAAAAAACAAGCCACCAUGCACCUGUCAGAUCAAUUCAAAGGAUGUUGGGCCCAGUGCCCAUUCUGCAGUGCCAUCUGCACAAACACCAUCCCAAACCAUGAUGGCGAUCACAGUCUUACGUUUCAUCGAUGUGAAGCAAUAUGUGGCUCGUAUUAUAGAAACACAGACCAUUUUUCUAUUGAUUUCUGCAACACAUCUGUAAGCAGUGAUGCUACGUUCAGAACUGAGACUGGUGUUUGGCAAUACAAGAAUUACAGAGAUGCUGGUAAACCAUACAAUGAAUGGAGCAUCACUGCAGAUGCUAGCAAUCUGAAAUACUGGAAAUGGUUCAUUUGUACAUUUCAGUCUCAGUGGGAGAAAAGGAUCGGAAAGACAUUUGCUGGCAAAGGUGAAAUCCCUCAGGGCUGGAGCCAGAUCACCCUAGAAUCAGCCCUGGAAGAACUCAAGCAUAUGUCCCAGUAAAUACAGAAGAACAAACCAUGACCAUGAAAUACAUACAAUUUUUAUAACUACUUGUAAUUAAUCACUUGUUCGUCAUGAUUAUUGAACUGUACAUAGAAGGCCAUGAAGGGAGAACAUUAUAGAUGUCCACCAGAAAAUACUUUUUAUAAAACAAUUGGGUUCUAUCGAGUUAUUUAGCUGUUUCUGAUUGGACGAGAGACGUUUCAUGAGUUGAAAUAUCCCAUGACAUCCCAACUCUGACUUUUCACAGCUAAUAAUAAAUCACUCCGCGAUGAAACAUUCGCGUUGAUACAAAUAAGUAACCAUAACAAGGACGAGUCAAAGCCUCCAUUUACAAUUUGAAAGACUUUAACAAGCUAACUUGUAUUUACAACAAUGAGUGACUUCAAUAUUUAUUUUAACCUAUUUGAAAAAUGUUUCUUUUCAGAAUGUAUUGUGUCACGUAACCGCUCAUCUCACAUCCCUUUCGCUAUUCACCUCGCUAGUCAAUCUACUUCAGACGGGCUGCGGCCAACACGACAGUGGCAGCAACUCUACACAUGGACGAUUAUUUUCUAAUUAAAAAUCUUGAUUUUAUUUGGGGACAAUGACAUGCCUCGAUAGCUGGCUAUUCUUGUUGUUAAACGUACUGUCAAAUUAUAAUUACUGUUUGGAGAAAAUGUAAACUUUGAUGCGGUCAUCUCACAUCCAUUAGCUAUUCAACUCGCUCCACAGGCUGCGGCCGUACUGUAGCCUGGUACUAGUAUGGCCGAUACUUUGUUCGUGAAAAUCUUGAUAUUGAUUUUGGGACAGGGACAUGGCUGGUUAGCUAGCAAAUCUUCUUGUCAGACAUACUGUAAAAUUAUAUUUACUGUUUGUCAACCGUACACAAUGUUAUUGCCUUUGAAUCUUGCUAGCAUAACGUCAGCUUUCGGGCUAAUAGCGCAGCUGACGUUGACAAGGGAACUAUUUUUUUCGUUGCGGAGGAACAAUGGCGAAAUAAACAUUGUUUAAAUCAAUAACUGUGUUUAAAUGUUAAUUGGUUGACUAUAAUUUUUUUAAUAAAAGCAAUAUAGUACUCGUGCGAGUGGGGUUGGUAAGGGAUAUUCCCAACAACAACACCCGUACUCUCACUCGUACUAUAUUGCUUAAUCAUCACAGUUUGCGGCAUGAAAUAGGUCAGUAAGAUGGACGUUGUUGUAAUGAAAUUCAGUUUUAAUUGAGAUCACUUAAAACAUAUCUGGUAACUAGGAAGAUGUGAAGAGAUGUCAAGGUUGUUGAAUAAAUGACUAGCUGUUCAUGAUUUAAGCUGUCUUUAAUGUGACAUAUAAGAACGUCACAACUGUAGGCAGAUACAGAUGUCUUUAUAUAGCUUGACCUAGCGUCAACAUGUCAAAUUGUAGUUGCGAUGUUAUAUUGUUGCAGCAUGCCUGGUAGCUGAGAUGUGGUUGCUUAGCACUGUGCCUGGUAAAUACAGAUCAGUCCAUGACUCUGAUCACCUAAAUAAUGUUAUAACUCUGCACUUCUGAUCCUUGAUCUUCUGCUGUACUUUCUAUAUAAACUGUUUGUAUUCUAGCUUUGGAUAAGUGUCUGCUAAAUGAAUACCAUGUAUGUUUGGAUUUGGAACAAAAAGUACACCUGUAACUAAACGUAGAGAUGUGUGUUUGGUGUGAACAAUGUACCUUUGAAGUCUUAGAGAAGGGAGUCCGACCACAGAAAGCAGAUAUUAUAUUACAUAGUUUAUAUCUAUGAGGAUACACGUCAAAAGACAUAGAUGAUGUCGGACAUUUUGUAUGAAUAUUAUAUGUUGGUCACACAUGUAGGGAUAUGCUAGAUUAUUUUAUGCUACUGCAAUAUUAUCUUAUAUCCAGACAUUAUUACUCUUAAGAAAUCAAAGAAUGUUGUGUUCCAUUUAAAAAUACAAUGGUAAUUUUGGAAUGUAAAACGUUUUUAUUUCUAAAUUGGGGAAAUUUCUGUUAAUUCAAGGCCGUAGCCAUGGAGUCAACAUUGAGGGGGACAAAUUAAUCUUUUAAUAAUUUCGGACAGCGUGGGUGGUUGCCUGUCAUAGCGUAGCAUUUAUAUUUGUAUUUAUAUUUUUAUAUCAAUAUAUUUUGGGCGACAUUUUGAUCAUAUUUGAAUAUUGGGGGAGAUGUGUUCCCCCCCCCAUUAUGAUUACGGCCUUGUGUUAAUUCACACAGAAUACGGAGCUCUCUGAAAGGAGAGCCUGGUUUAUCUUCCUACAGCCUUAUUGGUAAUACUUAAGACUUGUUGACACAAGGAUUGUCCUUCCUGGAUAAAUAACCAAAGCCUUAUUAUGAGUAUAUGUAAGAUUUAUGUGAGAAACUGAUGCAACACAUGGAAUUAAACACAUUGUUUGCAAAUCACCAAAUAAUAUACUUGUUGAUCUGUGCAAAACAACCAGAUUGCCAGUUUUUUUUUUAUCACAAUAAUAAUAAAAAUAUAACAUCAA